GGAAAAGUUAUGCAUAUUGAUUAUCAAUUAUAUUUAAUGUUAAUUAUUUGUUAUGAUAAUAAAAUCUUAUUUAUAUAUUUUUGUAGUCGAGUGGGGGCUACAAUUUGGAGGCAAUGCACCACAUUUAAGGAAGGUUGCCGUUCGUGUACUUUCACAGACAGCAUCUAGUGGUUGCGAACGUAAUUGGUCAACGUUUGCAUUGAUUCAUAUGAAGGUCCGCAGCAGACUCUCCUACAGACGGUUAGAGAAACUAGUAUAUGUCCAUUAUAACAUGCGGCUAAAAUUGCGAUGUGCUGAGUUGGAUAAGGAGCUAGAGGAACCAGAUAUUGAUCCCAUUGACCUCCAAUUCUACAACGAAGAUUCAGAGCCAAUGUUAGAUUGGGUUGAAGCAACAGAGAACCAAGAGGAUCCUCUAUUUGAUGAGGCGGGAGAUCCUCAGUGUCCUUCACGUUUUAUCCCCGAGGCAAUGGAAGAAGAAGAAGCACAACCCCAACAGGUGGAAAAUCCCCCUCGAUUACUAUGUGGUAGGAGUCAAGCUGCUCGAGGAACUACCGACACCCAAUGGUCACACUCGUCCGCCCAACGUGCAAAGGCAAAAGGGAAGGCAGUAGCAUCAGUUGCAUCGUUGGAAAGAAUCGAGUCAGGCGACGAGACACCUUCACAAUCACAUUCUCUUUCUCGCUCGGUCCAGAGACAUGACAACAACACGGACAGCAAUGCCUCGACAGAUGAUGGCGGUGAUGCCAGGCAGUCGUUGGUCUCGUCUACACAACUUGAGGGUGGUGAAUGGACUGAGGAGCAAUAUUUUACACAUGUCACUCAAGAUUUAGAUCAUGGAACUCGACAAGAUACUGAUCAAGUUUAUGCGCGAAAGGGGAAGGGGAAGACAGUGGAUGAAUAUGAACAAAUGCGACAGAGCAUACAUGAUAUAGACACAGAAAGAGGCUCAUCGUAUUCACAGCCAUCGUAUUAUGGAGAAUCAUACGGGCAACAACAGUGUGGUGAUAGUUGGUCAUCCUUCUCUGAGCAACAGUAUGAUACAGAACAGCAGAUCAGUAACGAAAGUAGAAGCUUUGACAUUCAUCAAUAUAUGCCUCAAGAGCUGCCUCGGACAAAUAUGAUUCAUGACGAUCAAUCUACGAUCAACACCACAUUGAUGCAUUAAUGACAUACGGUGUAUCAAUACACUAUGUCAUGGGAUCAAUUUCAUGAUUAGGUCCAACAAACGUAUCAUAUUGAUAUGCAGAUGUAUCGGAUCGAGGACCCCGAUCCACCACCCGUGGAGGCCCGUUGUUCGUUUUGGUGAUAGAAUCAACAAUCAGAUAUAUCUACAUAUGUGAUUAUUUAAUUCAUUUGAAUUUUAGAGUUUAUAUUGUAACAAAAUAAUCUAACAAUUUAACUGAUUUUUCUGUAGAUAUUUCAAUCUAUAAUGGGCUGAAAUACGAACCUUAAACAAGACUACCUCAAAACCCGAAAAAGAUAUGUGGUAUUUUCGGAGGGUUAAAUCUGUGAAAUCAGGUGUACCGCUCGGUACACCGUACCGUACCAUACCGAGCCCAGGUCGAAACGCCGGUACGGUACGGUAAGGCGAACCUUGCUUGCAAGUAUUAGAAUCAUAAAAAUUAUAAUUAAGGAGACACAUCAUCACUAAAUUAAAAACAAGACAAUAGUUGAGUUCCGUAGGGUGUUGUCAAUUGGAGAAGCAUGGAGGAGGGAGAGGAACAAUUGGGGAGUCUAGGUAAAGGGUGGCGAUCGAGGAGGAGAAAGAGG